AUGAUGCCAGACCUUAGUAUGAAUGCAGGCAUUGGUGUCAUUAGCUCCUUGCGCAUUGUCCGGAUUCUACGGAUCACACGCUUGAUCCGCAACACUGGCUCAUCGACGGGGGGAGCGAUGAAAGUCCUACGGGCCUUGCGCACUCUAAUCCACUCGAUAGUCUACACGCUCAAGGAGGUGGUUUGGGCUGCGGUAUUUUUGUUUCUCAUCAUGUACGUCUUCUCUUUAGCCAUUACUCAAGGCCGGGGAAAGAGGACCAGUGGCACAGCUCACAGAGUUGGCUUCAUUUUGCUACAUUAUUGGGGUGGCAUCCCUUCAGCCAUGUCCACGUGCUUCAUGGCCGUGACAGGCGGCAUCUCAUGGGAGGUGGCCUCCGACCCCCUCUUGAAGAUCUCGUUUCUUUGGUGGCUUCUAUUUAUUACAUACGUGGGCUUCACGGUCUUCGCUGUUUUGAAUGUGAUGACAGGUGUUUUCUGCCAAAGUGCCAUCAAGUCCGCGCAGCACGACACCGAUCUAUUCUUGCAAAACAUGCUGGUCGAGCGAGAUGUCUGUUGGCCGCCCCGCCUUGCUUGUGAGGGCUUUGUCCAGGGCUUGUCCGGAAGUUUAACCUUGGCCGAAUUGGAGGAGCAUUUGGGUGAUCCGGCAGUCCAGGCCUACUUUGCUUCCAUGGAGCUCUCCAUUACUGACGUGUGGUCCUUCUUCAAACUCCUCGACUCAGACCUGGAAGCGGAAAUCUCUCCAGAGACCUUCUUUGAAGGCUGCCAGAGGCUGAAAGGCUUCGCGAGAUCGCUUGACCUGGCCAAGUUGAUGCAUCAGUCUCAGUCGCAACUAGGCACAAGAGGCGCAUCGAUUCAGGUUUCUUCAGUUUCGGCCCAACUCGUCAAGUGA